AUGUCGCCAAAAGCCCACUCCUUCCUUCUAGCAUGGAGAGAGGUGAGCCUCUCCGACAUCACUUCCAACUUGGCCGUGGCUGAGAAACCGCUCCACAUGCGGUCCUGGAUGAUGGUGGACUUCAGGAUGGCCCCUUUUAGAGAGCGACCCAGACCCAUUCAUCCCUCUGACAGAGAAGCUGUCAAACAACACCUAAGAGAGCUGCUAGACGCUGGAAUUAUUCGCGAGUCAGAGUCUCCAUUUGCUUCCCCCAUUGUAGUUGUCAAGAAGAAGAAUGGUGCAAUAAGACUCUGCAUAGAUUUCAGGAAGCUGAACAUGAGAACGAUCAAAGAUGCCUAUGCUCUCCCCAACAUCGAAGACACCUUCUCUGCUCUUAGUGGAGCCAAAUGGUUUUCUGUCAUGGAUCUGAAGUCAGGCUACUAUCAAGUAGAAGUUGCAGAGGAAGAUAAGCACAAGACCGCUUUUGUCUGCCCUCUAGGCUUCUAUGAGUUUAAUCGUAUGCCCCAAGGUGUGACAAAUGCACCAAGCACCUUUCAGAGACUGAUGGAGAAAUGUGUUGGAGACCUGCAUCUCAAUGAAGUACUAGUAUUUCUGGAUGACCUGAUUGUCUUCUCUGACACACUAGAAGAGCACGAGGCCAGAUUGAUGAAAGUGUUGAACCGGCUCAAAGACUAUGGCCUAAAGUUGUCCCCUGAAAAAUGCCAUUUUUUCCAGACUUCUGUUAAAUACCUUGGCCAUGUUGUAGAUGCCAAUGGAGUCCACACAGAUCCAAGCAAAGUCUCUGCUUUGAGAGAAUGGCCUCAACCCACCAACAGAAAAGAGCUCAAAUGCUUCCUAGGAUUUGCUGGAUAUUACCGACGUUUUGUGGAAGGGUACUCUAAAAUAGCAAAGCCAUUGAAUGCUCUAACUGCUGGCUAUGACAGGGUCAAGACUUCCAUCAAUCCCACCUUACCUUUUGGAAAUGAGUGGACUGAAGAGUGUGACGUUGCUUUUAGAACUCUCAUAGAUAAACUGACUUCGGCCCCUGUUCUUGCCUUCGCCAAUCCCAAUCGUCCUUACGUCCUGCAUACUGAUGCCAGCCGCGAUGGUCUCGGUGCUGCGCUCUAUCAGGAACACGAUGGGAAGCUGAGGGUUGUAGCUUAUGCCAGCAGAGGACUAUCCAGAAGUGAACAAAACUAUCCUGCCCACAAGCAAGAGUACCUCGCCUUGAAAUGGGCCAUCUGUGAGAAAUUCCAUGAUUACCUCUAUGGAACAGAAUUUCAGGUUUUAACAGACAAUACCCCCCUAACUUAUGUGUUGACCACAGCAAAGCUUGAUGCAGCAGGACAUCGCUGGUUAGCCGCUCUGUCAACCUACAGAUUCACCAUAAAUUAUAGGGCUGGGAUCAGCAAUCAAGAUGCCGAUGGGUUGUCCGAUGAAGUCGGUCAUCUUGGCGCUCAGCGUGUCCUUCAUCUUGUUCGUUCCAGAUUUUUCUGGCCAAAGAUGUUUCAGUCUGUUGAACAGAAGUGUAGGACUUGUGAAAGAUGCGUGAGGCGGAAAGCCAAUUCCCAGCAUGCUGCUCAUAUGGAGAAUAUACAGACCAGUUAUCCCCUUGAACUGGUGUGUAUGGAUUACCUCUGUAUUGAGCCUGAUAGUAAGGACACUAGAAACAUCCUCGUCAUCACGGAUCACUUCACCAAGUUUGCCGUUGCCAUCCCCACAAAAGACCAAAAGGCGAAUACGGUUGCCAAAACACUGUGGGAAAACUUCAUUGUACAGUAUGGUUUUCCAAGUCGCCUUCUCAGUGACCAGGGGAGAGAUUUUGAAUCCCACACCAUCAAGGAGUUGUGCUGUCUGACUGGAACCGAAAAGAUCAGAACCACGCCAUACCAUCCACGUGGAAACCCUGUCGAGAGAUUUAACAGGACCCUUCUCAGCAUGCUCGGGACACUAGAAGACAAGGAUAAAUAUCAUUGGAGGGACUUUGUCAAACCGCUAGUCCAUGCAUACAAUUGCACGAAAAAUGACACCACAGGCUACUCUCCAUAUGAAUUGUUGUUUGGUAGACAGCCAAGACUACCCAUUGAUCUGGUUGAGGAGGACACUGAAUCAGAAAGCCUAAACUUGGUGGAGAGGUUGUGUAAGAGGGCCGGGACCGUGACAGGGAAGAUGUGGUCUGGAUUCCACAGCCCAGGCUGUUGUGGAAGCACACAGGGCUGUCUGGAGCUCUCAGGCUGCCAGCUGGAACGUGCCCAGCUAAAAGACUUGGUCACACAGUUGCAAGCUGAGAAUCGAAGGAUGCGGCAGGAACGGGAAGCCAACCAGCCUGGGUCCACCACCACAUCAAGUGCUUCAGCCUCUGGGCAGUCUUCAGUCCAGGUCCCAGUAGCAGAGAGACUGAUUUAUCUUCCCAGAGACAGGAAGUGUCCAAUGUUCAGGGGUAGGACUGGCCUGAGCAUUGUUGAGUGGAUUGAAGAGGUCCAGGCUUGUAUACGGGCUCGACACUUAUCCUCAUCUGAGCAAGCACUCUUCAUGUAUGAACAUUUAGAAGGAGAGGCAAGGGAAGAGAUUAAGUACCGGUCACAGGAGGAAAGGGAAGAUCCAGCUAAAGUUUUGGCUAUAUUACAAGAACUGUAUGGGUGUAGUAAAUCAUAUGUGUCCUCACAGGAAGACUUCUUUUCCAGAAAGCAGCAGGAGGGGGAAACGCUGCAAGAAUUUUCCCAUGUUUUAAUGGGUCUAAUGGAUAAAGUGGUCAAAAAGGCUCCUAAUGGUCUUGUAAACAAAGAUAUGUUACUCAGAGACAAGUUUGUCGAGCGUGUGUUUGACUGCUCCCUACGCAGGGAACUUAAACAAUUUGUCCGGGGUCACCCUACCGCCACAUUGAUAGAUGUCCGCAGUGAGGCCAUUAAGUGGGAGCAAGAAGGGAUGCCAGGGGGUGGGAGAGUAGAUGAGGUACUUGUACGUCAGAGAUAUAGGCGGAUCCCUCCUUCAGAGUAUGAGGCAGCCAAUGCCCACAUCCAUCAGCUGCUUAAGGCACAGAUUAUCAGAGAAAGUAGUAGCCCCUUUGCCUCUCCCAUUGUGCUGGUAAAGAAAAAAGACGGUAGCCUUCGUUUGUAUGUCGACUACCAGCUCUUGAACAGCAAGACCCGCAAGGAUGCCUUUCCCUUGCCCUGUAUUGAAGAGUCCCUCGAUGCCCUAUCAGGGGCCCGCUGGUUCUCCACCCUGGACCUUGCUGCAGGCUAUAACCAGGUACCAGUUACAGAAAAAGACAAGAUAAAGACUGCAUUUUGCACUCCGUUUGGGCUGUUUGAGUGGAAUCGUAUGCCCUUUGGGUUGUGCAACGCCCCAAGUACUUUCCAGAGACUAAUGGAGAGGAUUUUUGGGGACCAGCACUGUCAGUCAUGGUUACUGUACUUGGAUGAUGUGGUUGUCUUCUCUUCCACUGUAGCAGAACACGUGGAGCGUUUGGAUGCUGUGCUGGGUCGCUUUCAGCGAGAAGGUCUCAAAGCUAAGCUGGAGAAAUGCUCCUCCUUCAAGCCAGAGGUAGGCUAUUUGGGCCAGGUUAUAUCAAGGGAUGGUGUGUCCACAGAUCCCAGCAAGAUUGAAGUGGUUUCAAAGUGGCCACGACCUAAUCAUGUGUCUGAGUUGCGCUCCUUUCUAGGAUUUGCAAGCUACUACUGACGUUUCAUUGAAGGGUUUGCAAAGUUAGCCGCCCCUCUGCAUGGCCUAGUAGCUGAACUGACUGGCACAAAGUCCCAGAAACCAGCGGAGAAGAGCCUACCUGCUGCAUGGACGGAGGAGUGUGAGCUUAGCUUUGAGGGCCUUAAAAGUAGGUUGGUGGCUGCUCCCGUCUUGGCCUAUGCCAACUUCAACUUACCCUUCAUUCUAGAGGUUGAUGCCAGCUACAAUGGACUGGGUGCUGUGCUCUCCUAAGAACAGGACGGUAAGGUUAGACCUGUAGCUUAUGCUAGCCGUGGCCUUAGGCCUACAGAGCGUAAUAUGAACAACUAUAGCUCUAUGAAAUUGGAGUUUCUGGCCCUUAAAUGGGCCAUGACUGAAAAAUUCAGAGACUACCUACUAGGACAGAAAUGUGUGGUGUACACCGAUAACAACCCUCUUAGUCAUUUAACCACAGCUAAGCUAGGGGCUACAGAAAAACGCAGGAAUUUUGAGAGUCAUCUCAUCCAACAGCUCUGCAGUAUGUAUGGCAUCGAGAAAAGUCACACCACUCCCUACCAUCCAGCUGGUAACGGCCAAUGUGAGCGGUUCAACCGCACCCUACACAAUCUCCUUCACACCCUGCCUGUAACCAAAAGGAGAGAUUGGUCGUGUUACCUACCUCAAGUGACUUUCUCAUACAAUACCACAGUGCAUAUGUCCACUGGUGAGUCACCAUUCUUUUUGAUGUUUGGGCAAGAGCCACAGUUGCCUGUUGACUUCUUUUUGGACAGAGUACAGGAACCUGUGGCCGGCAGCACCCAUGACUGGAUCGUGGAACAUCAGACCAGGCUACGCCAUGCAUUUGAGGGUGCCACCAAACACUUGGAGGCCACCGCUGAUCGACGUAAGAAGCACUAUGAUCAACGUGUGCGACCUGUCCUCCUGCAGGAAGGUCAGUUGGUAUACCUUAGGAAUGUUGGUGUUAAGGGCCGUCACAAGAUCCAGGACAUCUGGAGUUCUAUAGUGUACAAGGUGAAGGCCCCCGCAGUGGGAAGAUCAGUGUACACUAUUGCCCCUGUGGACAACCCUCAGCAGCUAAAGCAUGUCCAUCGUUCAUUAUUAAAAAGUAAACUGGAUCAAGUGACUGUCUGCCCCUCUAGUGAGCCAUCGCAAGAGAUGGAACCCCCUUCGGUGGAGGACUCUUCACAAGAUGGUGAAUGGCUUGUGGUGGUCCAGGAACCAACUCCUGUGCCAGUGGACAAGCGACAACACCCUGGCAGUGAGUGCCAAUCGUCGGGACGACGAUUUAAGAACCGGGGGGUAGAUUGUGGUGGGGAGUGCUUCAUCGACUCCAUGGCAGAGAUCCUCAUCCAUGUCUUCGUCACCUCCCAUCUGGAUUGCUGCAAUGGAGUCUUGUCUGGAAUACCUAGCAAAAGCGGCUUCAGUAUGUGCAGAAUUCAGCUGUCAGGGUGCUGA